AUGGGGAGCCCCCGGGCCGCGCUGCUCCUGCUGCUCCUGCGCCCGGUCAAGCUGCUGCGGAGGCGCUUCCGGCUGCUGCUGGCGCUCGCCCUGGUGUCCGUGGGGCUGUGGACUCUUUAUCUGGAACUGGUGGCGUCGGCCCAGGUCGGCGGAAACCCCCUGAACCGGAGAUAUGGCAGUUGGAGAGAACUGGCCAAGGCUCUGGCCAGCAGGAACAUUCCAGCUGUGGAUCCAAAUCUCCAGUUUUAUCAUCCCCCGAGGCUGGGCCACCAGGACCAAGACUUGGAGCGAGGUGGGAGUGGUAACAGCAGCUACCUGAAGUGGAAUAAGCCUGUCCCAUGGCUCUCAGAGUUCCGGGGCCGCGCCAACCUGCAUGUGUUUGAGGACUGGUGUGGCAGUUCCAUUCAGCAGCUCAGGAGGAACCUCCACUUCCCACUGUACCCCCAUAUUCGCACCACCGUGAGGAAGCUGGCUGUGUCCCCAAAAUGGACCAACUAUGGCCUCCGCAUCUUUGGCUACCUGCACCCCUUCACCGAUGGAAAGAUCCAGUUUGCCAUUGCUGCAGAUGACAACGCUGAGUUCUGGCUCAGCCGGGAUGACCAGGUGUCAGGCCUUCAGCUGCUGGCCAGUGUGGGCAAGACUGGAAAAGAGUGGACCGCCCCUGGAGAGUUUGGGAAAUUUCGGAGCCAAAUUUCUAAGCCAGUGAGCCUGGCGGCCUCCCAGAGGUACUACUUUGAGGUUCUGCACAAACAGAACAACGAGGGCACAGAUCAUGUGGAAGUUGCGUGGCGACGGAAUGACCCUGGAGCCAAGUUCACCAUUAUUGACUCCCCUUCUCUCUCCCUCUUCACAAAUGAGACAGUCCUAAGGAUGGAUGAUGUGGGCCAUAUCCCUCAGACAGCAGCCAGCCACACAGGCUCCCGAGACUCUCUUCCCAGAGAGGAGCCACCCCUUGCAGACAUGCUGCGGCCUGACCCUCGGGACACCCUCUAUCGAGUGCCUCUGAUCCCCAAGACUCAUCUCCGCCACGUCCUGCCCGAUUGUCCCUACAAACCCAGCUACCUGGUGGAUGGGCUCCCCCUGCAGCGCUACCAGGGACUCCGCUUUGUGCAUCUGUCCUUCGUUUACCCCAAUGACUAUACCCGUCUGAGCCACAUGGAGACCCAUAAUAAAUGCUUCUACCAGGAAAGCUCGUACUACCAGGAUAGGUUCAGCUUUCAGGAGUACAUCAAGAUUGACCAGCCAGAGAAGCAGGGGCCAGAGCAGCCAGGCUUUGAGGAAAGCCUUCUAGAAGAAUCCCAGUAUGGAGAAGCGCCAGAAGAGACCCUUGCCUCCAACGUUCAGGAUGCCAGGAUGCCAGAGGGAAGACAAGUGCCUACCUUUCCCCCUGGGCAGGAUGUCACUGACUACCACCUCCGGAAACUCCUGGCUCAGACCCGGGAGGGUCUGCUGGCACCCUUUUCCAAGCAGAACUCCACAGCUCCCUUCCCUGCAAGGACUAGCGAUGUCCUAGUCCAGCAACCAGAGAAGAGGGAGCGACAAAAGGAUCCUGAGCCCAGCCAGGAUCCAUCUUACUCUCAGAAGUGGCCCCCAGGGCAUCUGGCAGGGAAACUGCCUCCUGUCAAGGGGCCCAGGCCCACUGGGCACAGUCCCAGGAAAACUCUAGGGCAGUCCCAGUGGCUGAAUCAAGUUGAGACAUACAUCGCAGAGCAGAGAAGGGGAGACAGGAUGGAGCCCCUAGCCCCUAGGAGGGGUUGGCAUGGCAAGGAAGACGUCGUGGUUGCUGCAGGCCAGGAAGGACAGGUGGAGGGAGAAGAAGAGGGGGAAGAAGAGGAAGAGGAAGAGGAUAUGAGUGAGGUGUUCGAAUACGUGCCCGUGUUUGACCCAGUGGUAAACUGGGACCAGACCUUCAGUGCUCGGAACCUCGACUUCCAAGCCCUGCGGACUGACUGGAUCGAUCUGAACUGUAACACGUCUGGCAACCUGCUGCUUCCGGAGCAGGAGGCUCUCGAGGUCACACGGGUCUUCCUGAAGAAGCUCAACCAGAGGAGCCGGGGAAAGUACCAGCUGCAGCGCAUCGUGAACGUGGAGAAGCGCCAGGACCAGCUACGCGGGGGUCGCUACCUCCUGGAGUUUGAGCUGCUGGAACGAGGCCGGCGCCCAGUGCGGCUCUCCGAGUACGUGUCUACACGAGGCUGGCCGGGCAUCGAUCCCGCUGGUGGGGAAGAGGUCGAGGCCCGGAACCUGCAGGGCCUGGCUUGGGGCUCAAACAACCGCCGGAGACAUGUGUUGAAUGUCCGGGCCCCGGAGCCCAAACUGUGUUGGCCCCAGGGCUUCUCCUGGAAUCACCGAGCCGUGGUCCACUUCGUUGUGCCUGUGAAGAACCAGGCGCGCUGGGUGCAGCAGUUCAUCAGAGACAUGGAAAAGCUGUUCCAGGCCACCGGCGACCCACACUUCAAUAUCAUCAUCACUGACUACAGCAGUGAGGACAUGGACGUCGAGAUGGCCCUAAAGAGGUCCAAGCUGCGGAGCUACCAGUAUAUGAAGCUGAGUGGAAACUUCGAGCGCUCGGCUGGGCUUCAGGCUGGCAUAGACCUGGUGAAGGACCCGCACAGCAUCAUCUUCCUCUGUGACCUCCACAUCCACUUCCCAGCUGGAGUCAUCGAUACCAUCCGGAAGCACUGUGUGGAGGGCAAGAUGGCCUUCGCCCCCAUGGUGAUGAGGCUGCAUUGCGGGGCCACCCCCCAGUGGCCUGAGGGUUACUGGGAGGUGAAUGGGUUUGGACUGCUCGGCAUCUACAAGUCAGACCUGGACAGAAUUGGCGGCAUGAACACCAAGGAAUUCCGAGACCGCUGGGGCGGGGAAGACUGGGAGCUGCUGGACCGGAUCCUCCAAGCGGGCCUGGAAGUGGAACGUCUCUCCCUCAGGAAUUUCUUCCAUCACUUCCAUUCCAAGCGGGGCAUGUGGAACCGCCGUCAGAUGAAGAUGCUGUGAUCCCGAGGGGCGACCCGCUGGACUGACUGCUUCCUGCUCCUUGACUUGUGCUGGCUCCC